AUGCAUAGUUUUGCAAGAAGUAUUUACACAAAUGAAGAACAUAUACAACUUGGUGUUAUUAUGUCAGAGAUGCUAAUUGAACAAAAACCACUUGGUAGUGAACUGUUCGAUACAGAUCUUAUAUUAACUGUUAUAUAUAAAUUUAUUCCUAGAAUUCUAGAUUUUGCAUCUAGGUGGUUAAGCAAUACAUAG